AUGCGUCGACAACGUUAUCAUCCGUUUCCCCAGAAAUCUGACCAACCUCCAAGUAAGAAGGUCACUCGUGAAGGACCAUCAAAAGAACACAGCCAAAACCGUAAACGUUUGGAGGAGUUGGUUGAACACCGAAAGAAAUCUCGUGUGUCCAAUAAAUCCACUGAUCAUCAAUCGCCAGAGGCUAUUCAACCACAAGACCUUGAAAAGUUUAAUCAAGAUGAGUCUGAUCAUCCGUCCUCAGAAGAUCAUCAACCAAAAGGUCUCAGAAACUCCAACAGACCAGAUGACUGUAAGUACUUGUCCCCUGUGUCAUACUCACUCAUUUGUUGA